ACCCAGAAACCUCCAGCUCUCACAUCCAAACUCCCUGCUCUCCACCGACAUGAAGGUCUCCGCAGCGCUCCUCUGCCUGCUGCUCACAGCCGCCGCCCUCACCACCCAGGUGCUCACCCAGCCAGAUGGGAUUAAUAUCUCAACCACCUGCUGCUAUAGAUUUACCACUAAGAAGAUCCCCAUCCAGAGGCUGAAGAGCUACAGAAGAAUCACCAGCAGCUAUUGUCCCCGGAAAGCUGUGAUCUUCAAGACCAAACUGGCUAAGGAGAUCUGUGCUGACCCCAACCAGAAGUGGGUCCAGGAUCACAUGAAGUACCUGGACAAGAAAACCCAAGCCCCAAAGCUGUGAACAGUCAUGCGCACAAUGAAGCCAAGCCAGUAUCCAGGAAACAAUUUAUAUUCCCUAUCCUUUCCAACAUACCUUCUGAGAUUAUUCUACUACAAUUCUAAGGAAUAUGAGAUUUGUGCAAUAAUGUGAACCACAGUUUUCUUAAGUAAUGUUUUAUGUCUUCUAAGUUGUUAAUAUUUUAAUUUAAUGUGCUCUGGAAUUGGAUGUGUUUUAAAUGUAAACCCUUGGAUAUAUCACAUCACUUUAGCCCCCUAAAAACUGAAGGAUGCUCUCUUUUCUACCUCACUAUAGUAUUGUGAAGAUCCUUGCAAGAAUCAAUGCAAAUAUACAUAUAUUUAAUUUUUAA